UUUUUUGUGUCAAACUCUCUUCCCUCUGUUCUCUUCUCUUCUCCCCACAAACAAACCCUUUCCUCCCAAAGCAUUGUUUCUGCUUUAAAGGGAAAUCUGGCUAUUGGACUAAAAAGGGAAUUUCUACUGAAAGGUUGACGAUUUAAAAGGGAAUUUCUACUGAAAGGUUGAAGAUUUAUGUAACGAAUUGAAGAAACGUCAUGGGUUCAGUUUGUUGCUGUUUCCAUGUUUCGGAUGAUGGAGGGCAUUCUGCCUCAAAUGGUCAAAAUCAUAUCUUAUGCAAGUGUUUUAGUUGCUGCUUUCAGAACUUAAUUAGCAAGUGUGGAGCCAUAUUUGGUCCAGCACAACAAACUGCUGGGACUUCAGCUAAUCAAGUCCCGUCAUCUUCGACUUCUCUAGCUUCCAUAAACAGUUCACAUAACACAAUCAGUUCUCAGGAUAGAGGUUUACCAAGUAUUGCUGCUCCAAGACAGCCACAAAUUCAAGAAGAUGUUGCAUUUAGACGACAGGACAAAGGAACAAGUCAUACACGGGUUGAGCCCGAACCAGAUAUAGAUGCUGAUGCUGAAAUAACACAAAGGCUUCUAAAAGCGGACAAGCUGCCUAAAUCACUCUUUGUCAAUCAAGAACCGUCAUCUUCGACUGCUGUAGUUUCCAUCAACAGUUCAUGUAAUACAAUCAAGCCUCAGGAUGGAGGUUUACCAAAUAGUGCUGCUCCAAGACAGCCACAGAUGCAACAAUACAAAGGAACAAGUCAUCCACAAGUUGAGCCCGAACUAGAUAUAGAUGCUGAUGUUGAAAUAACACAAAAGCUUCUAAAAGCAGACAAGCUGCUUCAAUCAGACUCUGAUAAUCAAGGCAUGACAUCUUCGACUGCUGUAUCUGCCAUAGAUACUUCAUGUAAUACAAUCAUAUCUCAGGAUACAGGUUUACCAAAUAGCGCUGCUCCACGAGAGCCACAAAUGCAACAAGAUGUUGCGUUAAGACAACCGGACAAAACAACAAGUAAUUCACAAGUUGUGCCGAAACCAGAUGCUGAUGCUGAAAUAACAGAAAAGCUUUUAAGAGAAGACAAGCUGCUUAAAUCAAACUGUGAUGGAGGAUCUAAAGAAUGUUUUCCCGAGUCCCCUAGGAAGGAGUAUUCAUCAACGAUGGUGACUGGAGCUCAAUAUGAAGUUUCCUCAUCAGAAGAUGAGGAUGUAUGUCCCACAUGCCUUGAAGAGUAUACACCAGAAAAUCCCAAGAUAUCUACAAAAUGUUCUCAUCAUUUUCACCUCAGCUGUAUAUAUGAGUGGCAGAUGAGAAGUGCAACAUGUCCAGUUUGUGGAAAGUUGAUGGAGUUCGAGCAGUCAAAUUGAUGGUCAGAGCUGAAGAUAAGUUGCUUAACCGAAAUGAUAAAAACAGACGUAGAUGUGAAGAUUUCCUCCAACUUAGUAUGGUGUACAUAAUUUUUGAUCACACUGGUCGUCGACAUCUACAAAGGAUCAAAUAGUACACAAAUACAGUCUGAACUUUUUUCUUAGUACUUAAAUACUUUUGCUGCACCAGGUUCUUUUGUGGGUGGUGUUAAGAUGGAAAGCUAGUGAGACUAACUACUUGUGCUUUCUUUUUUGCUCUAUGAUUGGUAGCAUAACGCUAGAGUUGAUUUCUCAUAUGGUCAUUCAACUAAUAGUAGUUUGAAGAAGGGUGACUGACGGUAUAUGAUAAUAACUAUUCGUUGAGUGAACGUUUGAGAAAUAAACAUCAUAAUGCUACUAGUCUUUUACA